CCCCCUUCCCCCGCCCCCUCCCCCGACCCUUUUCCCCUCCCCGAGCCACCCGUCCCGGCCAGCUCCCCGCCGGGAGAGCGAGAGCGAGCGAGCCAGGUUUCUUCCUGUUUCAUAGGAAACCAGAAAAAUGUUCUACGCACAUUUUGUCCUGAGUAAAAGAGGGCCGCUGGCCAAAAUUUGGCUAGCGGCCCAUUGGGAUAAGAAGCUAACCAAAGCCCAUGUGUUUGAGUGUAACUUAGAGAGCAGUGUGGAAAGUAUCAUCUCACCAAAGGUCAAAAUGGCACUGCGAACAUCAGGACAUCUCUUACUGGGAGUAGUUCGAAUCUAUCACAGGAAAGCCAAAUAUCUUCUUGCAGACUGUAAUGAAGCAUUCAUUAAGAUAAAGAUGGCUUUUCGACCAGGUGUUGUUGACCUGCCUGAGGAAAAUCGGGAAGCAGCCUAUAAUGCCAUUACUUUACCUGAAGAAUUUCACGAUUUUGAUCAGCCGCUGCCAGACUUAGAUGACAUCGAUGUGGCCCAGCAGUUCAGCCUGAACCAGAGCAGAGUGGAAGAGAUUACUAUGAGAGAAGAAGUUGGGAACAUCAGUAUCCUACAAGAAAAUGAUUUUGGUGACUUUGGAAUGGAUGAUCGUGAAAUAAUGAGAGAAGGCAGUGCUUUUGAGGAUGAUGACAUGUUAGUAAGCACUAGUGCUUCCAACCUCCUCUUAGAGCCUGAGCAAAGUACCAGCAAUCUGAAUGAAAAAAUUAACCACUUAGAAUAUGAAGACCAAUAUAAGGAUGAUAAUUUUGGAGAGGGAAACGAUGGUGGAAUACUAGAUGACAAACUCAUAAGUAAUAAUGAUGGUGGUAUCUUUGAUGACCCACCUGCCCUAUCUGAGGCGGGGGUGAUGUUGCCAGAGCAGCCUGCACAUGACGACAUGGACGAGGAUGAUAACGUGUCAAUGGGGGGCCCUGAUAGCCCUGACUCGGUGGAUCCUGUUGAGCCCAUGCCAACUAUGACUGAUCAGACAACACUUGUUCCAAAUGAGGAAGAAGCAUUUGCUUUGGAGCCCAUUGACAUAACUGUCAAGGAAACAAAAGCCAAGAGGAAGAGGAAGCUGAUUGUUGAUAGCGUUAAAGAGCUGGAUAGCAAGACAAUCAGAGCCCAACUUAGUGACUAUUCUGAUAUUGUUACCACUUUGGAUCUCGCACCCCCCACCAAGAAAUUGAUGAUGUGGAAAGAGACAGGGGGAGUGGAGAAGCUUUUCUCCUUGCCUGCCCAGCCUCUGUGGAAUAACAGACUACUGAAGCUCUUUACACGCUGUCUUACACCACUAGUACCAGAAGACCUUAGGAAAAGGAGGAAAGGCGGAGAAGCAGAUAACUUGGAUGAAUUCCUCAAAGAAUUUGAAAAUCCUGAGGUUCCUAGAGAGGAACAGCAGCCGCAACCGCAGCAGCAGCGUGAUGUUAUCGAUGAGCCCAUUUUGGAGGAGCCAAGCCGCCUCCAGGAGUCAGUGAUGGAAGCCAGUAGAACAAAUCUGGAUGAGUCUGCCAUGCCCCCUCCACCACCUCAGGGUGUUAAGCGAAAAGCUGGACAAAUUGACCCAGAGCCUGUGAUACCUCCUCAGCAAGUGGAACAGAUGGAGAUACCACCAGUAGAACUUCCCCCAGAAGAACCCCCAAAUAUCUGUCAGCUAAUACCAGAGUUAGAACUUCUGCCAGAAAAGGAGAAGGAGAAAGAGAAGGAGAAAGAAGAGGAGGAAGAAGAGGAGGAUGAAGAUGCUUCGGGGGGUGAUCAGGACCAAGAAGAGAGAAGGUGGAACAAGAGGACUCAGCAGAUGCUUCAUGGUCUGCAGCGUGCUCUUGCUAAAACUGGAGCUGAGUCUAUCAGUUUGCUUGAGUUGUGUCGAAAUACAAACAGGAAGCAGGCUGCAGCGAAGUUCUACAGUUUUUUGGUUCUUAAAAAGCAGCAGGCCAUUGAGCUGACACAGGAAGAGCCGUACAGCGACAUCAUUGCGACACCUGGACCAAGGUUCCAUAUUAUUUAAGGAGCUAGGUGCAUUACAGCUAGUGUUCACUCACUAGUGCAUACACAUUGCCCCCAUGUGUAGGGCACCCAAAACCCUUUGAGAAAAUUUUUAGAUUCUUGUCUGUACAAAAUCUCUGCCUUUUCUUUCUUCAUUUUCUCCAAUGUUUUUUAAUAUUUUUUUUUUUCCAUUUCAUCUGUAAGGGAAAUUGCUUUUAUGGGUUGGGUUUGUAUUCCAGUAGGGAAGACAGGAUCCCAAGAACCCAGAAGACUCAACAGUUCAGAACAGAUGUGCAAUAUUGGUACAUGUAAUAAUGUUGAUAAACAGUCAAAAGUCUUCAUUUUCAUUUUGGUUUUCCAUUCCCAUGUUGAAAAGGAAAACUUCUAGGGAAAAUGCCCAACAGUUUGAGUAAAAACUGUGGGUUGUGUCCUUUGUCAGGAAGAGAGAGUAUCUUCCCAAGAGAAGCCAGCUGUCUGGUGACCAUUGUACUUAGCUAGCCCGUGAAGCACCAGAGACUGUCAUGCUGAGAUCAUGUUUUAAAGUCUAGUUCCAUAAUGAGCAAGAAAUGUGAAUUUGUGUCAUGACUGAUCCCUGUCAACUCCAAAACGAACUACCUUGGCGGAAUGUGUUCUGUUCUGAAAAAUCAUUCCAUUUGAGUCCUUAUGCACUUGUCGGAACUCAUUUUAGCACAGCUCCAAUAUGGUCAGAGAUAGACUUGCUAAAGUGUUUCCAUAAGUUUCCAGGAGUUGUAAAUCAGUUUUUAAAAGAUGUUUGCAUAUGUUUGUCUGAGUAAUACGAUCAUGAGAGUAGAAAUCCCCUGAUAAGAUACUGUGCAACAGGUUGACUUCCCUUUGAGCAAACAAUGCUGUACAAACAAAUGGCUUCUCUGAUAUUUAUUGUAAGUGUUAGUACUGGUCUCUUCCAAUGCUGUACACGUCUGUGUUUGGAACUUUAUUUUUAAUAGCUUUGCAACUAUAAUCUUAUACAGUUUCCUGUAAUUUAAAUGAAGAGAAACACCCAGAUAAAGGCUUUAUUAUUAACAGACCAGGCAGCACCAUAAAUGAUGUGACUUAUGGUUAUCAAAACAUGUCUUAACUUUUUUAGAGUAAAAUUAUGCUAAAAGUUCUAGCUUAAGUGUCGGCACUUUUGUGGGAAAAAAAUCACUUAAAACUCAGACUUCAUGUAUACCCAGUAAUUUAAAAUUAUGUGAAAUAUUUUAAAUUUGUGAACUCGUAAUUACUAUUUUAAUGAUUGAGUCUCUUGAGAAUGGUAAUUGUAUAAAAUUGCUAUUGCAGUUUUAUUUUCAAUAUGAUGUGCCUGUAAACCAUGGAUUUCCCCCUUUGUAAAAAGACAUUGUAGAUAAUUGAAUGUUUGAUUAUAGAAAGGUCAUUAGUUUCUUGUUACACAUUUUGUUAGUCUGGUUUUGUUGCUUAUUGGGUUUAAUAUUGUUCUGAAAAUAGUUGAUGCUAUGUUAUGUAUAACUUUUCUAAUAAAAGUUGUGUUAUAAGCUGUA